AUGAUUCUCAGGAGGAUAAGCAGGCCGUCAGGCCGUCUAUUAUCAGCGGCACGGCCGUCACAGACUCGCUCUGGCCCGAGCAUUGGCCGGCUCUCCCAGAUGCGAUUCCACAGCAUCGGCUCGACACAUCCACCCUUCGCCGCCGGACAACGCCCACAGCUCCCAACGGCGAGGUCCUCACUGCCCGGCGUGCGGACCACCAUCGGCCGGCGGACCAUUUUCAUCCAGGUCGAGCCCACGCCGAACCCGGACGCCCUCAAGUUCCUCCCAAACCAACGCAUCCUCCCCGAAAACAUCAACACCCCCUUCAUCGAGUACCUGAACCCGCGCAGCACCAUCGCGCCGCCCUACUCCUCCCCGCUGGCCGCCCAGCUCAUGAACGUCGACGGCGUGAAGGCCGUGUUCUACGGCGCCGACUUCAUCACCGUCACCAAAGAGGAGGACGCGAACUGGGCGCACAUCAAGCCGGAGAUCUUCGCGCUGACAACUGAGGCCAUCACGGGCGGCCAGAGCAUCGUCAACAUCGUCGAGAAGAAGGAAUCGGCGCAGGACGGCCAGGAGGCCGCGGGCGAGGGCGAGGUCGACAGCCUCGCAUACGACGAGAAUGACGACGAGGUCGUUGGCAUGAUCAAGGAGCUCCUGGAGACGCGGAUCCGCCCGGCCAUCCAGGAGGACGGCGGCGACAUCGAGUUCCGGGGCUUCGAGGAUGGCCACGUCCUGCUGAAGCUGCGGGGCGCGUGCCGGACGUGCGAUUCGAGCACGGUCACGCUCAAGAACGGCAUCGAGGGCAUGUUGAUGCACUAUAUUGAGGAGGUCAAGGGCGUCACCCAGGUCAUGGACGAGGAGGAGGAGAUAGCCGCGAAGGAGUUCGCAAAGUUCGAGGAGAAGCUCCGGCAGCAGAAGGGCGCCGUGCCUCCCACGUCACCCGGCGCGGGGUCCAUCGACCAUGCUCCUUGA